CCAGCAACCAGCAAACAAAGAACAUAUAUUAGAUUGUCUGUCGCAAAUUAAAAAGUUGUUAAACUGAACGGAUUACAGUACUAAUAUUUUGCCCCGUUCUGUCUGUAUAAGAUCGGUCGCUAGUUGUCGAUAGAGGAUAUGCGGGAUGCUGUUGGUAAAGUGUCCGGAUGACAGGACAGCCCACAGCCGUGUGUUUGUUUGUUUUUCUGUUUGUUUAGAAGUGCAUGCAUGGAUCCGCAUGGUUCCACCGAGAAGAAAAGCAUGAAGGAGGCGAAUCCGAGUAGCACCGAGCAAGGCGGCAACGAUGGUUUACCGAAAAAGCGUAAGCUGGCCACCGGAGACGACGGCACAUUGCCGCCAGUGCGUUGCAAGUACUACGUCCAGCGUAAGAAGCGGCUCUGCAAGAUGACCGUGGGUCUGGGGCGUGAGUAUUGUGGAGAGCACGAACCUAUACACCAGUCGGCGGUGGCUACAGCGACCACGGAGCAGCAGGACGGGGAUGGAUUAACCCAGCCCGACGGCUCGCCUCUCGGCCGUAUCCCGUGUCCGCUUGACCCGAAACAUUCGGUGGCGGUCGCUAGACUAGAGAAGCAUUUGAAAAUUUGCAACGCUCGUCCGCCAGCAUCCGUUCCGGUUUUCAUUGUGCCCGGUAUCAACAGUUGCGAUGACGAUGCGCCUCCCGCUAUUGCGCCAGUUCAGCAGAAUGACGAGCAGUCGGAGCAGCAGCAGCAGCAUCAUCAACAGAAAGAACUGCCACCGCUAGGGAUGGCCCAGACAAUCACAGCACAGCGGUUGUCGGACCUGCCAGCCGAACAAUUGAGCCAGCUGAUUAAGAAGGUGCAGCGCAUCUUUGAUGAGCAUGUGGGCCCAAUCGAAGAGCAAUCACCUCGCCAUCCGAUCCUAGAUACUGAGCUGGACAACGCCGAGUACGGGCCACAGACGCUGAAGCACCUACACCAAUCGUCCGCCCUGCUCGGGCUGCUCGAAGCGUACGGCUUCUUAUCCGAUGGUUCAUCGUUCGUCGAGUUCGGGGCCGGCAAGGGCCAGGUAGCGUUCUGGGUGGCCCAGGCGGUGCAGGCACAAUCGCUCUGCAACUGCGGCGUUCUGCUGGUCGACCGUGCCUCCCACCGGCACAAGCGCGACAACAAAAUCGAAGACCGGACGCUGGUGCGACGCAUCCGGGCCGACAUCGCCGAUUUGGCACUGGAGAAGGUAGACGGACUGUCUGGCCGCCGGGUGAUCGGUAUCGGCAAGCACCUCUGCGGUGGCGCGACCGAUCUUGCCCUACGGUGCCUGGUGCGCUGUCAGCAGGACGGUGCGGUCCCGGUCCAGGGUGGUCUAUUUGCCCUCUGCUGUCAUCAUAGGUGCGACUGGCGCAGCUUCGUCGGAAAGCCUUUCCUGCUGAAUAACGGGAUCGGACGACAGGAGUUCGAGCUGCUGGUGCGUAUGGUGAGUUGGGCGGUCUGCGGGACCGGUAUGAGCCGCGAACGGCGAGCGGAGGAGGCAGUCAAUGGUGCCUGCGAAGCGAAACUCGACCGCUGCCAGUUGACACGUGCCGAGCGCGAAACCAUUGGCUGGAAGUGCAAACGGUUACUGGAUGUCGCGCGCCUCCAGUACCUGGAGCGCCACGGGUUCGCGGCACACCUCCGGCGCUACAUCACCGACGACAUCACGCCCGAAAACGUAUGCCUGGUGUUUGGAAGGAAAUAAAAAAAAAGGUCAGC